AUAAAUGUUUCUUAUACUAAUGUUUCUGACCAACCAUCAAUAAUAUUAUAUAAUAAUUGUAUUUUCUAUGGUCAUAUCCAUUACUUUUUGUGUAUAUGUACAUGCUCAGAUAAUCCAAAACAUUUGCAUAUUAAAUCUUCAAACAAUACAAGAAACACAAUCCAAACAAAAACCAAACUUUUGUUUUCUAAAUGGUGAGAAAUUCAAUGAAGGCUGAGUACGAUCUUGAUCAUUUUCCUCAUCAAAGCUUCUAUGGAGAUAAUUCAAGAACUUUGGUUCCUAUGAACAAGAACUCCCAAAUAAUCACCAAGAUCAAGCCUAAGAUCCGUAUCAUCCAUAUAUUUGCACCGGAGAUUAUCAACACUGACGUCAAGAACUUCCGUACACUCGUCCAAAGUCUAACCGGAAAACCGGAGAUCACCAAAACGGGUUCUAAGAAAAAGAUAACGAGAACAAAUAUUCCUGCGCCACCGCCUCCACUUCAAGAAUCCAGCCCAGAACAUACGGCAGAGCCGGUCAACAGUUUCAUAGGGAGCCACGUGGUGAAGGAAGAAUGGGGAUCAUGUUCAAACACAAACACUUACUUUGAUUUAGAUGGUUUGAUUGAUCUUGACGAAGAGAACAACAUGUUUUCAAGUCGAUGGUUUGAUCUUCAAGAGCAAUAACUAAACUAGUCACACUUUGCCCUAAUAUUUAGGGCUUCAACUAAAACGUCCCUAUUGGUUCUAAUGAUUUAAUUAGUCGUUCUAUUUGGGAUGUAACAAGACAUGGUUUAAUGAGACAGUGACAUCAUGAUGAACGAGGUUGACGACGAUCAUCAUAUAAGUAGUGGGUAUAUACAUAGUUUGUAUAGAUAUAUACACAUGUUGUGAUUAUUUUGUGCUCUUUGAAUUAACUUGGUAGACUGACUUUGCUAAAAACUGGUGUAGCAGUGUAACACGUUGUAUUCACGCGUGCGUGUAUUAAUUCCUUUGAUGUAUUUGUGAUUGACUUUUGCGUGGGAAUGAAUGUGCUGGAAUUGUUUUAUUAAUUCGUGGGAAAAAGAAGAAGAUAAAUAUAUGAUUAUUGGAAUCAAGCAAACAAAAAGGAGACCUUACACGAUAACUAUAGAAUUCUGGAUGUCAAUAUGUGCUCGAUGGGAAUCUUAACUCCUUCCGGACAAUCCAACCAAACCCAAGGAACUCUUGGUUAAUGAACAAGUUGAUCAAAAUGAGAGGUAUUGUCUACAGCUGGAUAAAAUUGAGAGUUGGAAAUGGUAUCACCUACCGUUUCUGGACAGGUAAUUGAUCAUCAUUUGGCUGCCUCAAGAGUUAUUUCUACAAUGACUCUAACUUCUCUCUUCGGUUAGCGGAGGAUGCAACUCUCUCAUCUAUAUACAGAGAUGGCAACUGGAUUCUUCCUCAUGUUCGGUCCGAAAAACAACUGAAUCUUCAAUCAUAACUAACAACACUUUCUCUGACAGAGAAUGAGGAUUACUAUGAGUGGAGAAGUGGAAGUGGAAGGUGCAAUAAGUUCGAGAUACUCUACGGGUCAGGACUGCAGUGCUCUAUAUGGGCAAGGCGCUAUCGUACCUUGGGAUCAUAUUGUUUGGCUUGCAGGAGGAAUACAAAAACUGAAGAUGUAAGAUGUUCGCACUGAAGUAGUCGCUGAUGUAGUUGCUGAAGCAUACGUCGUGUUGAGUGGUGAAGACCAUGUGGAGUCAAGAUGCUGAGCUGGAGUCGUGUAGACUUGGAGAGCAAGGGAGUAUCUUGGAGAUAUGAAAAGAGGAAUAAACUUUGGGAG